ACCCAAAGGACUACGGAGGAAGAGCUUAGCAGUAUUGACUCCGCCGGAACAAUUCUUCUUUUAAAAAACUUUUUAAAAAAUACCAAAAGCAUUGAAGAAUUAUGAAAAUCACCUUUUUCUUUGCUUUGCUGUUCAUGUGUGAGCUCUUUGUUUGCCACCAUACAUAUGAGCAAUAUCCCUUGCCUGACAUAGAAGAUGCAAAGUUCAUUGAAGACUGUGUGAGAGCUCACAAUGACUUCCGAUCCAAAGUGAAUCCACCAGCCAGCAAUAUGCUUCGUAUGUCCUGGGACCCUGCGUUAGCUAAGUCUGCCAAAGCAUGGGCAAAGAGGUGCAUGUUUGAGCACAACAUGUACCUAAAAAUACCACAGAAGAUGCACCCCACCUUUCCAUCUAUUGGAGAAAACAUCUGGACUGGCACUGCCACCAUCUUUUCUGUGCACACAGCUCUGACUGACUGGUUUGAUGAAGUCAAGAGCUACGAUUUCAACACCCGUCGCUGCAGUGACAUGUGUGGCCACUACACCCAGGUUGUUUGGGCAACGAGUUACAAAGUUGGCUGUGCAGUUCACUUCUGCCAUAGAAUUCACAAUCUUCAAGGAUUCAACAAAGUGGCACAUUUUGUUUGUGACUAUGGGCCAGCGGGGAAUUACCCAACAAAACCGUAUAAAGCAGGACGACCAUGCAGUGGGUGCAGUAACGACCAGUGUGUAGACAAUCUCUGUGUAAACGCAGAACGUGAGAAACUGAUAAGUUAUGCCAACUGGUAUCCAGACUGGGACACUGAGCCCCAGCCACCGCAGCCCCGUCCGCCCCAGUCUCCAGCCCCUCGACCUCCAGCCCCUCGACCUCCAGCCCCUAGACCUCCAGCCCCUCGACCUCCAGCCCCUCAACCUCCAGCCCCUCGACCUCCAGCCCAAACACCCCCAGCUGGGCAGCCGCAUUCUUCCUGUGACCACUACUGUGUUAGUGUCUUGAUUUUAAGGCCACUAUUUUUGGUACUGAGUACUGUAGGUGUUCUUUUUGCACGGCGGUGGUUUCCACACAUGUUUAUAUAUGUGCAGUGAUUGUUAAGAUACUGAUAGUGAUUCUACCAUUCCAUUAGAGAACUGCAUGUUUGAUAAAAAACAGUCAGUCAUCUCUGCUAUACCUUUGCAAUGUUUAUCCAAUGCAAAAUGCUUCUGCAUUCAGGUCAAGAUUUAAAUGGCUGUGCAUGGAGUUGCUGUAAUUUAUCACUGUGGCUUCUACAUCUGUAAGAGCUUCUUAGCUCUGCUUCAGGGGUGGUUUGCUGGAAGGACCAUGUAGGCAGUGCACUGCCAUAUAUGCUAAUAAGCCUUCUGGAAACCUGGAGCAUCACAAAUAUAUAUCUGAAUCAUAGAAUCAAAGAGUAUCCCAAGCUGGAAGGGACCCCAAUGAUUAUUGAGUCCAACUUCCAGCUCCAUACAGGACCGCCCAAAAAUCAGGGGAUCAGGGGAUCUGGAGUGAAAAAGGCCAACAAAAAAAGCUCUUUUUAAGGCUUUUUUGAAGCCCGUAACAGUGCUGCACUUGUGCUUAGGGGGCUGGCACCUUGUGGGUGGGCUGCUGAGUGAGCAGGGGUGGAGCUGGCACACUAGUGGCACAGUGUAAACACCCUACGAACGUGCCAUCGCCUGCCCUUGACGUUGGCAUCUGGUGAUAAGCUUUAAAUUGCCUCGGGGAGCACAGAGCACACCAGGUUAGUAACCAUUGUUGCUGCCCACUGAGGACGGGGAGGUUCAGCGAGUGAGCACAGCCCAUACUGCCCAUAUGGUGCUGUGGGUGUGGGAGGUGAGUCAAGUGGUGAGGAGUUUAAGUGUUGUCCUUCCUUGCUCAGGAGACUGGCUUUCCUGUUGGCAGUCUUUGAGACCGCUGACUUAAACAUAGUCUCCACCAGACAGCGGGCUUAUUCCAAGAAGACCGUGGCAACCCAGACAGAGGGCCUGAUCAGAAAUGUGGCUGUUCAGGUCUCCAGCUGCAGGGAGUGCCUGAGCCUGCUGCUGCCUGGGGAGGGUGGCCGGGAUUCCACCUGUGUGAGGUGUGAGCAGGUGGAUGAGCUCCUCAGCCUGGUGGUGGAGCUCAAGGAGGAGGUGGAGAGACUAAGGGCCAUCAGGGAGUUUGAGUGGGAGGUUGAGUGAUGGAGUGACUCGCUGGUGUGCCAGAGGGAAGGGUGCCAGGGAAAUACCCCCAGAAAAGUGGUGGACUCCCUGCCCCCCAUCAGUCAGAUAGACCUGACUGAUGAGGAGGGUUGGAAGAGAGUCCCGACUUGGUGUCACAGGAGCCCCCCCUGCCUGCCUACCCCACGUCCCCAGUUCCCACUAAGCAACAGGUUUGAGACACUGGAAAUUGAAGGGGAGGUGAGUGGGGAGGCGAUGGAGGAUCUGCCUAGGAGGGAGCCUACGGUGAGGUGAUCACCCUCAUGCCUUGAGACUGCCUCUGUCAGGAGAGAAAGGAAGGUGAUUGUGGUGGGCAACUCCCUUCUCAAAGGAACUGAAGGCCCCAUAUGCAGACCAGACUCGGGCCAUCGGGAAGUGUGCUGCCUUCCUGGGGCCUGGGUCAGGGACAUAACUAGAAAACUCCCAAAGCUGGUUAGGUCCACUGAUUACUUUCCAUUACUCAUUGUUCAGUUGGGCAGUGAUAAAACUGCUCAGAGAAGCCUGUGAGCUAUGAGAAGAGAUUUCAGGGGUUUAGGGCAUUUAGUUCAAGGAGCAGGAGCACAGGUGAUCUUUUGUUUUAUACCUUCAGGGGCAGUGAAGGACACGGAGCGGGCUUGGAAAGAACAAGUAAUGAAUAAUUGGCCCAGAGGCUAGUGUUGAGGCAGAAACUUUGGGUUCUUUGGUCAUGGGGCAGUUUACUCGGCCCCUGGCCUGUUGUCUGUGAAUGGAACCCACCUAUCUCAAAGGGGGAAACAAAUCCUAGCGCAGGAGCUAGCAGGGCUUAUCAAAAGAGCUUUAAACUAGCUACGGUGGGGUAAGGGGACAAAACAGGGCUCACCAGAGAGCCUUUGGGAACAGUGUUUGAGCUGGGGGUGAGGAAGAUGACUCAGAUAAGACAGAUAAGCUGGAUCGCUGGGCUGAGGUGCAUGGGAUCAGGUUCAACAAGGCCAAGUGCCGAGUCCUGAACUUUGUCCACAAUAACCCCACACAGCGCCCAGGUGGCCAAGUGGGCCAGUGCCAUCCUGGCCUGCAUUAGAAAUAGAGUGGCCAGCAGGAGCACGGAGGUGAGUCUGCACCUCGAGUACUGUGUUCAGUUUUGGGUCCCCCACUACAAAAAAGACAUUGAGGCCCUGGAAUGUGUCCAGAGAAGGGCGAUGAAACUGGUGAGGGGUCUGGAGCUCAAAUCUUGUGGGGAGUGGCUGAGGGAGCUGGGAUUGUUUAGUCUGGAGAAGAGGAGGCUCAGAGGAGACCUCAUUGCACUCUACAACUUCCUGAAGGGACGUUGUGAUGAGGAGGGGUUUGGCCUCUUCUCCCAGGCAGCAAACAGGACCCGAGGAAAUGGCCACAAGUUGUAACAGAGGAGGUUUAGAUUAGACAUAGGGAAAAACUUUUUCUCUCAGAGAGUGGUCAGGCACUGGAAAGCCUGCCCAGGGAGGUGGUGGAGUCUCCGUCCCUGGCAGUGUUCAAGAGGUGUCUGGAUGAGGAGCUAUGAGAUAUGGUUUAGUGGCUUGUGGUAGCAAGGGUAAUGGGAGAACAGUUGGACUAGAUGAUCUUGUAGGUCCUUUCCAACCUUGUGAUUCUAUGAUCAAACCCUAUGUCUGAGAGCAUCGUCCAAGUGCUCCUUCAACUCUUAAGUUGAACUUAACUCUGGAUCCAAAAGAAGCAAUAACUCAUUUUCACUAAAUUUUGAUUAUCCCAAACAUCAUUUUCUCUUGAUAGUGGAGAUUUAACUACAUAUUACUUUGAAAGAAGAGAAAGAAUAAAGCUUGUCCUUUAC